AUGUCAAUAAUUUUGGGGGUCAGAGGCAAGGUGGACAACAAUGGGGGACCUCAAAAUCAGCAGUACAGACCAACCCAGGAACAAUACAAUACCAUUCCAGGGAGAGCACGACCACAAGGCCAAGUUGUGCCUUAUCAAAGACAGCAGGGCUACAAUCAGCAGUACCAACAACAGUUGGCUUACCAACCGCCUCAUCAACAAUAUGACAAUAAUAUGAUAGAAAUCAAGGGCAUGUUGCAACAACACAUGGGGACAAAUGGAAAGAUGCAAGAAAAGUUAGCCGCACAUGAUUCGACUAUUAAAGGCAUUGAAACUCAAUUAGGCCAGUUAUCUAUGGCCUUUAACAAUCGCCCACAGAGAACGUUGCCUGCAGACACAAACAUCAAUCCAAAUGAGCAGAAUCCAAAUCAGCUAAUGGCAAUGAGUCUCAGGAAUGGAAAGGAUUUAGACAGAGAGCACGAAGUUGUUCAAUCUAGGAGAGACGUAUUGCCAAGUACUCCAGUGACAUUAGAGACUGACGAGUCAACGGAGCUCACAGAAGUUGUAAUUGAACAGGCACACGUGGACAAAGGCAAGGAGAAGGAAUUUGAACAACUCCCAGAACAGGUGGUGGAAAAGGCUCCUAAUAAAGAAAAGACACCAAGAAGCUAUGCAAAAAUGAUGAAGGAUCUAAUGUCUCGAAAAAUUGACUUCCAGGACCUGUCUACUGUAACUCUAACUCUAACUUGCAGCGAGAUAGUGACAAGGCCUAUGGCUCAAAAACUGUCUGAUCCCGGUAGUUUCACUAUCCCAUGCACAAUUAGAAGUUAUGCUUUUGCUAAAGCAUUGUGUGACUUAGGAGCCAGUAUCAACUUGAUGCAUUUGAAAAUCUACACAAAAUUAGGCAUUGGCAGAGCUAGACAGACCUCAAUGUUGUUGCAACUGGCUGAUCGCACAGUUAAAAAGCCGACAUGA